AACACGCGGCAGCGGCAGCGGCAGCAGCAGCGGCAGCAGCUGCAGUGUGCCAAGCCACUCACCCAAAUAGGCAAGGAGUGAAAGAACAGAGCAAGAGACAGGGAGUGAGAGAGAGAGAGAGAGAUUGAGCGAGCGAAAAGAAGGUGGAAACGAGCGGCGGCAACAUGUUGUCGUCAGCAAUAAAUAAAGCAGCACGCAAUGUUGCCAACACGUUCCAAGUGCUGGCCAUCCUUCUCUAUUGCUGUUCUCUAGUGCAGGGACAGGCACAGGCACAGGGACAGGGACAGCAGCAGCAGCAGCAGCACUUGAAGUAUCAGCAAUUGCAAUAUCAAAUGCAGCAGCAAUAUGAAUACCAGCAGCAGCAGCACUACCAGCAGCAGUUCCAGCAGAAGCAGCAGCAGCAGCAGCAACAGCCACUGACACCCACUGUGGCAUUUGGUCAUAAGCAACACGAGGAGACAAUCGAUUUGCUGUCCACGCAGCCCACACAGCUGCUGCAGACGGGCGUCUCGCUGAUUGUGGACGAUGGCAAGGGCACAGCUGGGAAUGAUGGGAAUGGGAACGGUAAUGGAAAUGGGAAUGGGAAUCGUCGUCGCAUUGCCCAGGCGGGCAUGCGGAAGCGAAAGCGUCGACCCCAAUUGCCGCUGGCAGCGCUGGGAGUCACCGAAGAGGACACGGCAGCUGGCUCUGGCGCUGGAUCGACCUACUGGCGUGGUCAUGUCGAGGACGAUGCCGAUGCACUGAGGCGACGCAAGCAGCCGCUGGUCAGGGAGCCGAUGGCAGCGCUGGAACGCGAGCGGGACAAGCAGCGGCAACGGCAGGAGCCCACACACAUACCAGCAUCCACGCUGGAUGCCAGCGCGCAGGCGAGCAGCCAGAGCAAAGCCUAUCGCCGGCCCUACGGACAGUCCAAGAAGCAGGAACACGAGCAGGAGCAGGAGCAGGAGGCACCUGGCAGUGGGGGCAAGCUGCAGACAUCGGUGGACCUCAAGAACAUUCUGAAGAACUCGGGCGGCCUGAGUCUCAGUGAGAUUUUGCAGCAGAAGAAUCUCUCGCUGGACGAUCUGCUCAAGGGCAAGCAGAAUGCACUGCUUGCCCUGCAGACCACGGCCAUAGCCCCGCCCCCACAGCCGCAAGGGGAAGCAGUGCAGAAGAAGCAGAGCCAACAGAGCAAGCAGGGCGUGCGGCGCCUACCGAGUGCGUAUCUGAGCAGCACCACAACCAGCCCCAGCCACAGCCACAGCCAGGAGAGCGAGGAGGAAGAGUCUCUGAGGAUGCGAGCCAAGUUUCCCACAUUGCAGCGCUUGAAGCUCUUUGGCAGCUCUUCCCGUGAGAGCAGCACCACAAGACGCAGCCAGCAGUCCACUGCGGGCAGCACAGUGGCACCCAGCAGCAGCAGCAGCAGCACCACCACCACCACGCGAUUGCCGCUCUACAAGAAGAGGCAACACCUGCGCCCCACGCUGAAGCCCCCGGGGCUGUUCAAGGCAGCCAGCAGCAGCAGCAGCAGCACGACAGCAGCAACCACCACAACCACAACCAGCAGCAGCAGCAGCAGCAGCAGCCUGGAGGUGGACACGAGCACGCCCAUCAUUACGAGCACAUUGGCCAACAGCAUUGAGGAGAUUGAAGAGCAGGAACAGGAGCAGGAGCAGGAGGAGCCUGAACCCGAAACCGAGCCCGAUUCGAUUGAAGUGGAGUCUGGGGAGAUGGCACAAACGGAGGCACCACCUGCGAGCAGCAGCACGAGCAAUCCACGUCAUAGACUGCGCAAUGCCAGCAGCAAGGAGAGCCAAAAGCGACUCAAGGAUAACUUUAUACAGCAGCACUACGACAGGAAUGCGGUGGAGAGCAUGGAAGAUGUGCAGCUGGAUGCGGUGGAUGCGAGAGGCAACAGCACAGAGGCAGCACCACCAUCGGCAGCACAGCCGGGCGGCAAUGCCAGCGAGGAGCUCAACUACCACGAUGACGAUCUGGAGAACUUCUUUGACGAAGUGGAGAGCCACACGCAUCACACACGUGUGCCGGCACCCGAGAGGGAUAUCGAGCCACAACCUUCUGCAUCGCAGCCGCAGCCACAGCCACAGCCACAACUGACUCUGGUGGACGAUGUGGACGAUCGCACCGAUCUGCUGGAACUUAUCGAGGAUCGACGCUCGGGCAAUCGGCUGUUCAAGGUGCUCGAGCAGCGCAACAUGACGCUGGAGGAGCUGAUCGAGCACCGGAAACGCGGCUCCAGCCAGCUGCAUCUGUCCACGAUCGUGAGCGGCGGCGACGAGCAUUCGCGCUUCUAUCCCGGCCAGAAGGUGGUGCUGCAGGACAACAUGGACAUUGUGACGGCCUUUGAGAACUUUCCGCACUUCAAUCUCAUGGACCUGAAGAGCGUCAAGCCCGAUGAGAUCAAGACGGACUCGCAGGGCUCCAGCUACUUCACAUCCAUCAUCGACAUUGAGCCGAACGAGAGCGAGCAGCAGCAGCAGCAGUCCGGUGGGAAUCGAGGACCCGCCUAUGCCCAGACAUCGUCCGCCUCGCAAGCAGCAGGAGUCUCCUUCAAUCGUCAGCAACAGUCGCGCGGAGAGAAGUCGCUGGGGUUCUUCCCGUCGUGGAAGACGCUGGCGCUGGCUUCGCUGGCCACGGCCACGGCCACGGCCACGGAGGAGCGGAAUGGCUACUUUUUGCCACCGCCGCGACUGCUGCUCGAUGGGAAUGGCAGUGCCCAGGAGGUGGACACGGAUCCGGAUGAGCUGCUCGAGCCGAGCAGCAUCGACAUCAACCUGAGCGUCAGUCCCUACGGUGGAGCUGGAGGCGAAGACGGCAACAGGUCACAGCUGGCCAACAGCAAGCUGCUGCCGGCGAACGACAAUGUGAUCGAUGAGAUCGAGGAGGAGGUGGCACGGGCGCACGAUCUGCUCGACCUGGAGCUGUCCGGACCCGGCUUCCAUCGCAGUCCGGCGGCCGCGGCGGCCACCUCGGUGUCCCAACAGCAUCUGGGCACAGUGUAUGCCAGCAUGCCGUCCGGCAUUCGGUCGGCGAUUGUUGCCAGUGCCGCCAUCGUGAUCACCGCCCUGGCCACCUUUCUUGUGAUCUUUGUGGUGUGCCGCUGGAAGCAGCAUCGCCGGCGCAAGACCAGCUAUCUGAGGACCUACAAUGCGAUGAAGAGCAAGCUGCCGCAGAUGGCACAGUCGGGUGCCUCGGCCUCCGUCUCGCGUCGCUCCUCGAUGCGCCAGCACAUGGAGGAGCUGGUCAUUGGCUCCAGCAGAGGGGCGGCCCCAUCGGCGGGAACAGGAGCCCCAGGCAUUGGCAUUGCGAGCAUCUCGACCGCCGUCUCCUGCUGCACGCCCGUCCACCAGCUGCAGCGCCAAAGCUCAAUGCUCUUCACACGCGACGGAUCGGCCACGUUGAGCACGGCCACCUCCAUGACCACGACAGGCGGAGGCGGAGCUGGAACUGGAAUUGGAACUGGUGCAGCUGCAGGCAGCUCCAGCGGCAGUUCAGCCUCCGCCUCGCUGGCCCUCUCGCUGCGCAGUGCACACCAGAAGCUAAACACCAUGGAUCCCAAUUCGCCGGAGGUGCAGGAGUAUCUGUUCGACACGUUGCGCAAGUCGUUCGACAAUUAGGCACCAGGCUAUCGAUAACUGAGCGAUAAACGAUAGGGCGAUAGGCACACACACACACACACAGAUAAACAAAUCUACAGAGAGAGAGAGAGCGCGUAAAAGUUAGUUAAUUAAUUAGUUUAGUCUAAGAAAGAAGUGAAACAUUUUUUUUGUGUGUGCUCAAAUUUCGAUUAGAAUCAAUUCUGUGCGAGAAGCUAAAACUAAGACCCUAAACUGAACGACAGGAGACACCCAGACUCCAGACUCCAGACCUCCCACAAUCCUCAUUGCUCAUUCCGCAUGGCCACGAAGCGCGACUGUACUUAGUGUUGCAAGCCUCCAGAUCCAUGCUGAAGAUCUUUCAAGUUCACACAUAAAUGCACGCACAUAGAACACGGCAUUCAAAUGGGUUUCUAAAGCACCAAGCGAAAACAAAAGGGAAAGUAGGAAUAGCAGCAAAAAAA